AGUGGGAAAAUCAUGCUAAGGGUGGUGAUGGUAUUUAUCAGUCAUACCGGAAAAGCAUGGUGAAAGACCAGAGAGACGGCUGUCGUGGGCUGUGUUCUGUGUCACCUGCCCAACACAACUUCCCAACCUCACUGAGACUCUGGGAUUCUCUCGAACAUGUACGGACCGGACCUUGACUAUUCCUUGUGUCUCUUUACCUUCUUGACAUCAGUAUCAGGUGUAAUUUCUCACGCCAGCUGUGGUGGUAAAGCCCGAAACAGCCAGCUGGAAUGCACACUACAUGUAAAUGAUCUGAAACAGUGUUCAGCAUCUGAACAUCUGAACCAGUGUUUUGGUGACAAUGGGGAAUGUGAUUUCCCUCUACUCUCGGGACAAGGAUUCCUGUUUUCAGAGGCAGUGAAAAACAUUUCCUGUUAUGUUUAUCCUGAGAAGUCUGUCACCUGCAGCUGGAUGCAUAACCAGAGAGGAAUUUUAAAAUACUCCUUGCUAAUUUCAAGUUCUGAGAACCUGGACUGUAAAUUGGCAUUCAACACUCUGGGACAAUUUAAUGUAACAAUCAUAGCAUGGAACACGAGGAACCAAAGGGUGACCCUGUCUCAUCCUUUCCUGGUGAAAACUCUGGAAAGAGCCAUGUCACCCAAGCCAGUGGACAUAUCGAUUACGUCUAUAACAAAUGACUCUAUCUCCGUGAAGUGGAAUCCUGCUCAGUGUUUCGCAGUGCGGUGUAUGGUGUACUACAGGCCAGUUAGCAGUGACCACUGGAAAGAGGUUCUCCAUCCUGGAUGCAAGACAAUUUGUUCACAAGAGAUUAAUGGCCUGCAGCCAUUUACUGAAUAUUGUGUCAAAGUUGCCUGCGCUACAAUCGGUAGCAAACUUUGGGGCCCCCCAAGCAACAAUCGCACGGCGAAGACCCUAGAGAUUGCCCCCAGACACUCUGUGGAUGUCUGUCAGCGCGUGGACACUGGGCGGCCUGACAGACUCCGUAAAGUCUGGCUGAUGUGGAAGGCCUUGGAGGAGAGCCAUGGAUCUAUUCUCGGCUAUUGGGUUAAUUAUACAAACCAAACUAAGAGUGUUACGGUGAAGACCACAGACCUGAAGAUCAGCUUUGACGCAAGGGAGGAAGAAUAUGACAUCAUCGUCACGGCAUACAACAGCGCAGGCGUGUCUCCCGUCAGCCGGCUGCGGUUGCCCUCUGCAGACAAUGACAUAAUUUCAGACGCUCCACCUGUGCUGGGCAUCUGGGCCACCACGCAAGGCAGCACAGCUCUUGUUGAGUGGGAAAUGGGAGAGACAGAGCGAGCCGUCAGCGAAUUCGCCAUCGAGUGGGUGGCGAGUCAAGAUGCCAGCAGCAGCCGGUGGCUGCGAGUUCAGCCCAACUUCUCCAGCGCAGUCCUGCAUGGGAAUCUCCACCCCAGUACAACGUACAACAUCAGCAUCUACCCCAUAUACGGAGACAUCUGUGGGCCUCCGAAAUCUGUCCCAGCCUCCCUGGAAAGCGGGGUGAUUGGGGGGGCUGGCAGGUGGGACAUCACGCAAGUGAGGAAGAACAGUGUCACCCUGAAUCUUAAGGGAUACCCAGCCGGCCAAGGCAACAGCUUACCGAAAUACAACAUGACCUUAACAAGUAAAAAUGGUGCCCAAAAUUUCUUAGUCACGUCCGCAAACCAGACAUUUACAAUCAGACAUCUGACAGCAAACACGGACUACUUCCUCAAAGUGUUAGCCGGAGCCAGCCCCAGUCAGCUCACCAGUGAGAGCUUCACUACUCCACUUUACGACACUGAGGACAUUUUGUAUGCUAUUCUUCCCCCGACGUUCCUUAUUCUCCUGGUGCUGGUGCUGCUCACCCACUAUAGGACUGUGUACAUGGGAUACCUCUGUCCACUGAUCCCAAACCCUUCCUGCAGUUCUAUCAGACAGUGGGGGUCAUUGUCUGCGCCUGAGGUCACCCCAAAGCUGCUGGACCUAGAGCUUCUCUCCACUGUGGAGCUUCCUGCUGAGAACUUCAGCAUUCAGGUCAUGCCGUCGGAGCCUCCUGUCAUCACUGAGGCCAUGGAAGAAGACCCCGACUACAUUGAAAACUACACGCCAAAUUUCUGGGACAUGUUCUUCAAAAAAACAGAUGUAUCAUGAGUGUAAGAUGGGAUGGUGUAGUGGGGGGGGGGGGGGGGGGGGGGGUGAUAGCGGUAUUAUGCCAGUCAGGGUGGCAGGAAAUCAUUUUCAGUGUCUACUAUUUCUUUAUAAAGUAUGUUACCAUAUAUGCAAAACUAAGAAAACGUACAAAUUAGAAAGAGAUCUUGAUAAUGUUGGAAAAAUAAAUAUUUAUCAUUAUCAUUUGUCUGUUUUUUUAAUUUUUCAUUUUUAUUGUUAUAUUGAUAUAUUUGCAUUUUUCUUUUUUACUGUUCAGUCACUACCUGGGGAACGUUAGGUUUACUUGACUUUUUAAUCUUAAAACUAUAUUUCUGAAAUUAUGUUCAAAAUUUUUCAUAGUAAUUUACUUGCUUAAAUGACUUGAUAGUGAUUUAAACAUUGUAAUGACUGUGUCUUCGUCACCUUUUAACAAGGUUCUCUGUUCUCAGAUAAUGAGCAUCACUGUAGAAUGUUUCCAGGCCUUAAAUAUUGUGCUUUGUUAAUUUAUGACAAUGUAGCAUUUUAGCAAUGGAUAGACCAAAACCAUGUAAAUAAAACAAAGUCUGGUGAGAUGUUUUUUUAAU